AUCGCAUAGCAACUGCAAUAUGGCAAGCAAAUCUCGCCAGGGCGUUACUGAAGGAGGUUUAUUCAACUCUUAUAAGGCUACUUAUAGCAAAGAAACGCAGCAAUUACUAAAAUUGAUGAUGGAUGAGUCAAAGUUAACGACCUUACAACAAAAGAAGAUCAAUCAAGUUGUUCAAAGCGGUGAAAGUCUUCCUGUUAGCAGUCCUUGUAAAAAAGUCAAAGAGCCUCGUCGUCGGCCCCAGGUGUUGACAGGUCGUAGUUUGAGUGGAGGAGUAAGAAGUAAAGAAACAAUUGAUGUCAUUGAGGCAGAGAAUAAGCUUGAGACUCCGUUUAGACCAACGGCAACUAAAUACAUUGGUGAGAAGGGAAAAGAAAGGUUACAAAACAGAAUGGCAUUUGGCCGAGAUUUACCUGAAAUAGAAACUUGCUCCUCCAAAAGACGAGCACCAGAGGAAGAGUUGGAGAUUGACCGAUUUGGUGAAGUUUUGCAAGAGAUUGAAGAGAGACGACAAUUUCUAGAAGAAAUGGUAACUCUGGGAAAAGGAAAGAUGUACAGAACUAAAAUAGCAACCGAAAUAUCACAGAAAAUCCGUGAAUUGGAAGAAAUUGACAAGGCGAGGUCAAUAGACUUGCAGGCUCAACUUCAGACGAAGGGACUGGAUGAAUCAUAACUAUUCAGAUGUAAUUGUAUCAUUUUUCGUAAAUUGUCCAAAGAUCAGUAUCG